AUGGCCGAUUUGCACUCGGGUCACAACUUCGGAAAGCCGGAGAAGGAUGAGGGCCAAGACGGGGAGGAGGAGGAGGAGGAGGAAGAGGAGGAGGAGGAGGAGGAGGAAGAGGAGGAGGAGGAGGAGGAAGAGGAAGAGGACGAGGAAGAGGAAGGGGAAGAGGAAGAGGAAGGGGAAGAGGAGGAAGAGGUGAAGGAGGGGGAGAAGGGGCUGGAGGCCCCCGGGACGCUCGGCGAUGACUUCUGGAGGAUUAUGGACAUCGAUGACAGUACUGCCGAGGACCUGAAAGCCUUCCGCCCCCGCUUAACCAGCAUCGUGAGCCCCAGCCUGAGCCCGACGCCGACGCUCAGCCCGACUCCCAGCAAGACCUCAUCCUCCAGCGUCGGCUCCCAGAAAAGUUUUCCUAAAAUAUUUCAGAGAUUUAGGAAAGACGUGUCUGAAAUAAAACCAGAUAGGAUGCUCUAUCACAGUUUGUAUCCAGGAGCUCCAAAAUCAGUACAAACAGAAGAAAGUUGGCUUCGAGACUUGUCUCACAAAAAGCAGCUUAAGAAGAAAGUAUCCUCUGUAACGAAGACAACUGAACCUGUAAAUCUGGCUUCUGAGUUAAGAGAAAAAUGGGUAAUUAAUCCAGAGGAACCCAAACUAAAUAUUUUAUGUGAGCUAGAGUUUGAGGAAGACUUCCUAACACUGUUUGAGCCUUCUCUGAGAACGCUACCCAGCAUCGGGCCACCAUCCAUUCUGGCAUUCAAACGUGAGAGUUACAAUUUAGGCAUUACCUUCAAGGAAGAAGAGGAGGAGAUAUUGCCCAAGUGUGAAUUUUGUGGCAGCGAUCUAAGAAUGUUUCUUUCCAGUGUGGAUGUUGACUCUGACAACAGCAGCUCUCAACCAGUAGGACAUGCCCCCUGUUGUAGUUAUUUCCAAAGUCUGCUUGACCACAUCUAUGAGGAAAAUCAAAAAGUGCAAAGGUCUAAAGCUGAAUUAAUCUCUAUCAACCCUCAUGCAGCCUAUGGCAGUGAAGUUGACAGACUCAAAGCAAAGGAGAAAGCCCUGCAGAGAAAACAGGAGGAAAAAAUAGCCAAACAUUUGGCGAUAAUAACAAAUGAACACACUACUUCCUCUGAAGAUGAUUCAAAGCACUUGAAAACAAUUUCUUACCAACUUUCCAUGGAUAUUCCAGAAAAAGAUCUAACUGAUGACAAACCAUUUGAUUUUCAACUAGAUGAAAGAAACAUAUCCAUUGUUUGUUGUGAUUCUAGGACAGCAUGUGGAAAGAUCAUGAGGAAUGAGCUUUUAGAGAAGCACUACAAACAUGGGAGCAAAUUUCUGACUUCGUUUCCAGAUGGGACAACACAAAUAUUCUACCCAUCUGGAAACCUCGCCAUCAUCCGAGUGCCCAACAAGAUAAAUGGCUUCAUGUGUAUAGUCCAAGAAGACGUGCCCACUAACCCCGCAAUCCUGGCGGUGCUGGAUUCUUCUGGCAGAAGUUCCUGCUACCAUCCAAAUGGAAAUGUCUGGGUAUACAUCAAUAUCGUGGGAGGUCAAUAUUCAGAUCCAGCUGGCAACAGAGUAAGGGCUUGGAAUUGGUCAAGUUCUGGCUCUUCCUCACCCUUUGUUUCAUUUAAGCCUGUUUUUUUGGCUUUGAACCAUUAUGUUGGAGUUCGCAUCUUAGAACAAGACAAGAUUUCAAUCACUUUUCUAGCAAUGGGCCAACAGGCAAAAAUCAGUGUUGGAACCAAAGUGAAGCUAGCAAACCCUGAGGAGAUUCCAGUUCUCCGAUACGUGAAUGGGGACGACCUUCUUCUGCUGGCCAGUUUAAUAAAGAUUCGACGGCUGUUUCAUAAACUUGAAGGAUGUGUAAGUUUUCCCUCCAGCCAGGUUUGGGAAAAAUUUAAGCAACCUUCCUACCUUUCUUCACUUACUCUAAAACUAAUUGCCCUUUGUAACAAUUCCGGUAUAAAGCAAGAUACAAUAACAACAAUAGCAGCUAUAAUAAAUGAAAAAAUUUAA